AUGGCAAAAUCCUUGUGGUGGAGUACUGGUGCUGAGAUCUUCAUGUUCGACCCUCUCCCUGAGCCAGUGCUGAUCCCCGCCGUGUGCCCCAGUGCCUCCAGCCUUACAGUCCUCUACCCACAAGUGGUCCGGCGCCAGCUGCUUGCCGAGGAUCUGCAUCCUGCCAAAAGGCUCCUCUUUCUCCCGCUCACCAUCGUCUUCUGCCAGCUGAGGCUGAAGAAACAGGGCGCCCUGGCCCCAGAGGAUGCCCCCAGCGCUGUGUCACCCAUGUUCAUUCCCGCACCCGCAGCCCUCAAGCCCCUUAAUCUGACAGCAGAGCCCUCGAACAACGCUCUGGAUCGCGGAACUUUUCUUCAGAAACACCCGGCUGCCUUCUAA